UGAAGAGCCUCCAGAAUGGCAUGCAGACCCCGGUGGAUUUGCGCGAGCCAUGGCGUAUAUUGAAGAGGUCCAGGUUCGUCGCUUUGUCCCUUUCCUUGUCCUGGUGGUGGGAAGGAAAGUAGAAGACAUCUGGAAUUGCUUUUUCAUCUUUUCUAUGCCUCUCCUCGAUGCGAAAUGCAAGUUCGAUGGCGCUUGCUGAUAUCAACAAUUCCAGAAGCGGCUCCUUCCAGAACGAGACGUGAUGUAUCAACAGUUCCUGAAAGUCUUCGCAGAUAAGGCUGCUGGAAAGUCGUCAACUGAGCAAGUGAGGACUGAGAUCAAGGUGCUCUUGAAGGAUAAACCUGAUCUUAUAGAGGGAUUUGAGACAUCCUUACCUGUUAAAGUUCAGAACAAAGUGAAUGAUGGAAGUGCUAAGCUUGCGGGUGGGACGGUUCAGUAAUUGUGUCAUGCUCUGGGGAUCCACUGAGGCUGAUGAAGGAUGAAUUUUUGAGAAAGGCGGGGUUGAGUUAUUUUCUCCCCUGUCCCCUGUAACUGGAUCCGUAUCCCAGUAUAACGGUUGUUCGGGUUGCUGUUGGAGACAUUGAACUACUGCAGCUUUCUUCUGACAUGCAGAUUUCUUCUCAUCCUAUUUUCCCCUCGUCUACAUAUUCAUUCUUGUCUCAUAGCCUCAGAUGAAAGCCGCGUAUCGUCCGAGUAGGGACGAAAAGCUCUAAGAUGUGCAACAACCUAGUCAAAAGUUGAUUGAAUUCUACCUCGACUGGGUAUGCGACACAUCC